CUCACCUUGGACCUCCAUUUCAUUUCUUUUGUUUCAUAACAGAGAUCUGUGUAUUAGUGAAAGUGGAAGAGAGAGAGAGAGAGGGGGGUAGGGAUUAUUGAGGAAAGAUGAAAGUAGUUGAAGAGCUUCGCAUGAAUGGAGGUACUGGAGACAACAGUUAUGCCAAAAACUCCCCUUUUCAGCGAAAGGGGAUACUCAUGGCAAAGUCGAUAACAGAGAAAGCAAUAACCAGCCUCUAUACCAGUCUCAACAACCCAAAGAGCAUCUCCAUUGCAGACUUGGGGUGUUCCUCUGGCCCCAACACUUUGCUGGCGGUCUCCAACCUCGUCAAAGCCGUCGAUAACCACCGGAAGAAGCUCCGGCGGCUACACUCGCCGGAGUUUCAGAUUUACUUAAAUGAUCUUCCCACCAACGACUUCAACACCAUUUUCCGGUCCUUGCCAGAUUUUAGGACAGAGAUGGGAGAUGGGUUUGGGCUAUGCUUCUUCAAUGGAGUUCCUGGUUCAUUUUAUGACCGUCUUUUCCCCGCCGAUUCCCUCCAUUUCGUUCACGCUUCUUAUAGUCUCCAUUGGCUAUCUCAAGUACCCAAAGGAAUAGAAGACAACAAGUUAAAUAUUUGCCUGACAAGUGCAAGUCCCCCAAAUGUGACAAAGGCAUAUUAUGAUCAAUUUGAUAGAGAUUUUUCAACCUUUCUUAAACAUCGCUCUGAAGAAUUGAUGAAAGGUGGGAGAAUGGUUUUGAACUUUUUCGGCAGAAAAGAUGAAAAUCCAGAUUACGAUAUACUUUUAGAACUCCUAGGCGUCACCCUUAAGGAACUUGUUGAAGAGGGUUUUGUGGAAGAAGAGAAACUAAUUUCGUUCAAUGUUCCUAUCUACACACCAUCUCCAGCAGAAUUGAAAUCCCUAGUUGAGAAGGAUGGUUCCUUCAUUAUUGAUUGUUUGGAGGAUUCCCAAAUUCAUUGGACUGGAUCUGAAUCUGAAUCUGAAUCUGGUGAUGAUAAUAAUAUUGGUAACACGAAUGAUGGUGCAUACGUUGCUAGGUGCAUGAGAGCUGUUUUUGAGCCAUUGCUUGUUAGCCACUUUGGAGAAGGAAUAAUUGAAGAGGUGUUCCGCAGGUACAGAAACAUGGUUGCUGCAGAUUUCAAGUCCUUGAUGGCAGUGGACACUUAUAUUAUUGUCUCAGCUCUUAUUAAAAAGUGAUGAUUAUAUUCAAUUUUAGAGUGUUAUUGUCCCGAGACUUGAGGACCGAGUCCAAUAUUUUAUUAUAAAAAUUAUAUCUGUAAUAGCUAUAUAUACUUUCUCCGUCUCAUUUUAUGUGUCUGGUUUGAUUAACGAAGCUUGACUGAUGUUAUUUUUAAUUCAAUUUUUUAUCAUAUUAAGUUUAGUAUUAUUAUACAAAAUUUAUAUAUUUAGAA